AGUCCUUUCUGCCCUGUGCCUCGGUGCCUGUGGCCUGAGCCCCCUGGCUGACCCCUGCACUCAGUCCAACUUGAGCCAAAUGACCGCCCCUCCUUCUGGCAGUGGGCUGGACCAGCCGGCCAGCGGGAGCCCCCUUGGCAGAGGCCGGUUGUAAAGGAUCAUAAAGUGGGCGGCGUCUGGCUGGGGCGAAGGUCGCUGAGGUAGGAACUGCGCCAGUCCUGGACGCCAGACCUGCUUGGACCCUCCCGCCAGGUGACAGCCGCCAAGAUGGGGUCUUGGGCCCUGCUGUGGCCUCCCCUGCUGCUCACCGGGCUGCUCGGCCGACCCCCGGGGACCAUGGCCCAGGCCCAGUACUGCUCUGUGAGCAAGACCAUCUUUGAAGUAGAGGAGAACACGAAUGUCACCAAGCCACUGGUGGACAUCCACGUCCCGGAGGGCCAGGAGGUGACCCUCGGACCCUUGUCCACCCCCUUCGCAUUUCGGAUCCAGGGACACCAGCUGUUUCUCAACGUGACUCCUGAUUACGAGGAGAACUCACUGCUUGAGGCUCAGCUGCUGUGUCAGAGCGGAGGCACACUGGUGACCCAGCUGAGAGUGUUCGUGUCAGUGCUGGACGUCAAUGACAACGCCCCCAUAUUCCCCUUUACGACCAAGGAGAUAAGGGUGGAGGAGGACACUAAAGUGAACUCCACCGUCAUCCCUGAGACGCAGCUGCAGGCCGAGGACCUAGACAAGGGCGACACUCUGUUCUACACCCUCCAGGAAGUGACAGCGGGUGCCAGUGACUACUUCUCCCUGGUGAGUGUAAACCGUCCCGCCCUGAGGCUGGACCAGUGCCUGGACUUCUACGAGCGGCCGAACAUGGCCUUCCGGCUGCUGGCGAGGGACACUCUGGAGGAGAAUGUGGAGCCCAGCCACACUGCCACCGCCACGCUGGUGCUGAGCGUGGUGCCUGCCGACCUGCGGCCCCCCUGGUUCCUGCCCUGCGCCUUCUCCGACGGCUACGUCUGCAUCCAAGCUCAGUACCACGGGGCUGUCCCCACGGGGCACACACUGCCAUCCCCCCUCGUCCUGCGUCCCGGACCCAUCUACGCUGAGGACGGAGACCGCGGCAUCAACCAGCCCAUCAUCUACAGCAUCUUUAGUGGAAACGUGAAUGGUACCUUCGUCAUCCACCCAAACUUGGGCAACCUCACCAUGGCCAGGAGUGUCCCCAGCCCCAUGACCUUACGUCUGCUGGUGAAGGGCCAACAGGCUGACCUUGCCCGCUACUCAGUGACCCAGGUCACCGUGGAGGCUGUGGCUGCAGCCGGGAGCCCGCCCCGCUUCCCCCAGAGCCUGUACCGUGGCACCGUGGUGCUUGGCGCUGGAGCGGGCGUUGUGGUCAAGGAUGCAGCUGCCCCCUCUCAGCCUCUGAGGAUCCAGGCUCAGGACCUGGAGUUCUCGGACCUCAACUCGGCCAUCACGUAUCGAAUUACCAACCACUCACACUUCCGGAUGGAGGGAGAGGUUGUGCUGACCACCACCACACUGGCACAGGCGGGAGCCUUCUACGCAGAGGUUGAGGCCAACAACACGGUGACCUCUGGCACCGCAACCACAGUCAUUGAGAUACAAGUUUCCGAACAGGAGCCCCCCUCCACAGGUGGCGGCCCCUUGGAGGACAGGCGCUUCUCGGUGGUGGACAUGGCGGCCCUGGGCGGGGUGCUGGGUGCACUGCUGCUGCUGGCUCUCCUUGGCCUUGCCGUCCUUGUCCACAAGCACUAUGGUCCCCGGCUCAAGUGCUGCUCUGGCAAAGCUCCGGAGCCCGAGCCCGAAGGCUUUGACAACCAGACGUUCCUCCCUGACCACAAGGACAACUGGGCGCCCAUUCCCAGCCCCAUGCACGACCCCAAGCCCGCGGAGGCACCGAUGCCCGCAGAGCCUGCGCCCCCCGGCCCUGCCUCCCCAGGCGGUGCCCCUGAGUCCCCCGCAGCGGCCCGAGCCAGCGGAAGCCCCACGGCGGUGAGAUCCAUCCUGACCAAGGAGCGGCGGCCGGAGGGCGGGUACAAGGCCGUCUGGUUUGGCGAGGACAUCGGGGCGGAGGCAGACGUGGUCGUUCUCAACGCACCCACCCUGGACGUGGAUGGCGCCAGUGACUCCGGCAGCGGCGACGAGGGCGAGGGCGCGGGGAGGGGUGGGGGUCCCCACGAUGCGCCCGGUGGCGAUGACUCCUACAUCUAAGCGGCUCCUCCACCCUCUACCCCGGCCGCGCGGGCACUGGAGGUCCUGCUCCCCCAACCUCCGACCCGAGGCAGAAUAAAGCGAGGCUCCCGAAA